AUGGCACAAGCCGCCACCAUGGGCCCCCCACUCUCCCCCCGUGAAACACGUCGCUCAGGCCGUCGCUCCGCCCCCUCCGUCUCCGCCAGCGCCUCAAAAUCACCAGACUCCGACCAGCCAUCCAUGGGGAAGGCCUCAUCCUCCCGUGCCCCCGCCGCAUCAGCCAGCAAUCGCAACAAACGACUCAAGCAAGAGGAUUACGACGACGCUUCCGAUGAUCGAAAGAACGCCCCCGUCUCCUCAACAGCCUCCUCUACCUCACAGAACGGCAGCAGCACGAAUAAAGCCAAGCGGAAGAUUGGCAAGGAGAAAGACAAGGACAAGGAUAAACACCCCAGCAGCGGCAGCACUGCAGAUGCCGACACUGCAGACGCCGAAGGCCAGCCCCAGGACCCGGUUGAUGAAGAGGAGGAGCAAGGAAUUACGCGAUGUGUCUGUGGAAGCGCUGAGGAUGACCCCGAUGCCGGUGAAUUCAUGGUUCAAUGCGAAGGCUGUAAGGCCUGGCAGCAUGGGCUAUGCAUGGGAUAUCAGUCUGAGGACCAGCUCCACGACGAUGACUACUAUUGCGAGCUAUGUAAGCCGGACCUGCAUGUCGACCUUCUCAAAAAACUGGCCAAAAAGCAAAUACGACAGGCAUCGACUGCCCGUCAGGGAGUUGAUGCUCACUCUCGCGUAUCCCGUUCUCACUCGCCGUCACACCUGCUGAAACAACCCUCAAAACGCCGAAACACUAUGAAUAGCAGAGAUGCUGCCUUUGACGAAAGUCUGAAAGAAAUCAUCGAAGCAACAGCUGCAGAGGCGGCGGCUAUCCAAGACUCUUCUGCGAAUGAUUCCAUCAUACAACAGCCAGACGUCAACGAAAACAAGAAGAAGCGGAAACGGGCAGAGGAAGACACCCAUACCAAAAAGCGGACGCGGUCAGCAUCUACGGCCUCAGAUAGACACAGCGCUACGGCGCCUCCAGCUGAGAUCCCUAUGCCCGAAAAGCCCGUCCCUCAAGCACCGAAGGCCGCUAGCGCGAAGAACAAACGAGGAGGGCGUAAGGCUGCUGCUGCAAUCGAAAUCACAGUAGUUGACGCGGAAGAAAUUGCGAGUUUAGCCCCGAAGCGACCUGCUAAUAAUCAGCGUGCCAAAGCCGCCAAUAAUGCUAAGAAACCGCCAUUGUCACAGGCUCAGGGUGGUGGAGGGCAACACGUUGGAACAGGUAUGGCAGAUGCGCGCGCCUAUCGCAGCUCUCAUGCAUACGCUGUAUCCCAGCCGUCGCUGUAUACAUCUUGGGGACUUCCAGACCAUCUCGCUCAUCUAGAACAGAUACUGCCGACUGAAGUACCACAGCCAUUAGAGGUGCGGGCGGGAGGCUCGAAUUCCGGCAACAAUGGGAGGGGCGAAAGUGCGGAGCGGACGAUGGAAAGAGGUGUUAAAGUUAGAUGGCCAACCAAGCGGCUGAGUGUUGGUGAUAUGAACAAGAGAGUGCGCGCUCUCGUCGAAUGGGUCGGCAGAGAACAAGCCAAUGCUCUCGAUAGAGGCCGUCGUCGUGAGGCGCUCGAGAAGGCUCUGCGAGAGCAAGCAGCCGAGGCGGAGGCAGCAGAUCCGGCAGACCACGACGUCCAAAUGAUUUCUGGCGACUUGAAUGAGCAGCAGCGCCCACCGAAGCCAACGUUUGUCAACUGCGCCAUGUCCGAACGAGCACUGGAGAUCUCUGAGAGGACCAUGAAGACGAUGGAAGAGCUUAUGGAAGAGUUGAUAGGAUUUCAAGAAAGGUUUGGGCCUGGAGCAAAGAACAGAGAACGCGAACGCAAAACAGCAUCAUGA